AUGUCAACGGCACUGGUUACAGGCGGCUCAGGUUUCAUCGGUAUGUACGUGGUCAAAAUGCUACUCGAGCAUGGCCAUAACGUACACACCACUGUGCGCAGCUUGACAAAUCCUGAUAAGUGCAAGCCGUUGCUAGAUCUUCAGGUAGAAUAUCCAAACAAGCUUACGCUAUUUGAAGCCGACCUUAUGAGGGAUGGCUCAUUCUUUAGUGCAAUGAGGGGCUGCAAUAUUGUCUACCACGUCGCGUCCCCGUUCUUGGUUCCACAGCAGAUUAAGGACGGAAUGAAGGACUGCGUUGAGCCAGCCUUGAAUGGAACCCGAAAUGUGCUUCAAUCUGUCGACAAGACAAGUAGCGUAAAGCGCGUCAUUUUGACAUCAUCUAUCGCUGCUGUGUAUGGUGACAGUAUCGAGGUUCUUAAGAUGGAUAAUAGCACCCUCUCAGAAAAAUAUUGGAAUGAAACCAGCUCCGCAAGCAACAACCCCUACAGUUACUCGAAAGUAGUUGCUGAGCGCGAGGCUUGGAAGAUUUGCGACGUUCAGACACGCUGGGACCUUGUCGUCAUUAACCCAGGGCUUGUCGUUGGCCCAUCCCUAUCGCCCGACUCUACAUCUGGAUCCCUCUACAUGCUAGAAGCCAUGUAUCGCGGUGAGAACAAGAUGGGCACGCCCGAGCUUCACUAUCCUGUUGCAGAUGUGCUCGAUGUUGCUGAAGCACAUGUCAGGGCGGGAGAAAACAUCAAUGCGAAGGGUAGAUACAUCGUUGCAAGCGAACGCAGUCUUAGCUUGUUGGAUAUGGCGAACUAUGUACGGCCAGUGCAUAAGCAGCCGAAGCUGUUGCCUACACGGAACUUGCCAAAGCUGAUGGUCUACGCUGCAGCACCAUUCAUCGGUGUUUCGAUGAAGUGGGUGUCAGGCAACAUUGGCAUUGGGUACAACGUCGAUCGCAGUAGGAGUGUUGAGGAGCUGGGCAUCACAUACCAUCCACUGGAGAAGGUCUUCAGAGACCACUAUGCGGCGUGGGCUGCUAGUACUAGUAGCUAA